AUGCUGGGAUUUCUAAUUACUCAGAGAGGAAUAGAAGUCGACCCUAGAAAAAUUGCAGCCAUCACGGCCAUGCCAACACCCCGGAACGAGCGAGAGGUUCGAGGAUUUCUCGGGAAAAUCCAGUACAUUAGUCGCUUCAUCAGUAAGCUCACUUUCACUUGCGAUCCUCUCUUCAAGCUUCUGAAGAAGGAUAAAAAAAAAUUCGUCUGGAGUGACGCUUGUCAACACGCCUUUGAUAAGGUGAAAGCUUAUUUGCAAUCCCCUCAUAUCCUCAUGUCUCCGAGGCCAGGAGUUCCUUUGAUUCUUUAUCUCACGUCACCGAGUCAUCCAUGGGGAGCAUGCACUAGCCUGGGUAACGAAGAGGUUGCGCCACUACAUGCAAGCCCACCCGAUCAAGCUAGUGUCAAGACUCGAUCCCAUUCGUUUCUUGUGUCAAAGAACUCUUCUUUCGCUGCGUCUUGCUAA